ACAGCUUUGUGUCGACAUUUUCUGUCACGUUCUGUUUUAGGGGACAAGAAAUGCUGUAGAGGAAUGUCUGACAAUUCAACUUCGGAUGGCCUGUCUGACUGGUCUGUGGUGUCGAGAGAUGGCGGCAUUGAGACGAUGGAGAAGGAGACAAACAGUUGUGAUGAUUUGUUGAAACUGUCGCCAGAUUCUGUGUAUUAUAAGCAUGGACACAACAUUGUAGAGGAUGGAAAACGACAAGACAUUGCAGAGGAUGGAAAAGAACACAACACACCUGGCUCAGGUUUUGAAACGGAAUCAACUGCCUCUUCUAUGCAAAACCUUCCUGCCGUGCUUGUAGAAAGUAUUAGCGGCAGCAUUGAAGAAGAAAUGUCUUCCACUGGCAGCUCAUCAUCAUCAGAUGCUGCUUUCAGCACUACUGAUCUGGGUUUCCAGGAAGAUGGGGAAGUGGGUGCUCUUCAGGGGAGUUCUCAAUCUCAUGCCUUAGAUCCUGAGCAGGUCAGAGAUUCAGGUGGACCAGUUUGCUUCGAGCCAGACAGCCCCGAGAGUCUGAGAUUGCAGGAACACAUGGCAGCACAGUCGAGUUCACUCCCCAUGAUGCAGACCAUCGCUGUUAUACAGCUGUCCAACACGAUAGACCUGUCUAGUGAUUCAGAUUCUGAUUUCGUUCAGUUGGACCAGAGUUCGUCGGAAGAUAGUUUGUAUGGGGAUGACCCGCUGCAGUCAGAAGAGCAGUUGGGACACUGUGCGGCACCAGCUGAGUGUAUCUCGGAGCCGAUGGAGAAAUCGCAAUCCUCGGUCAGCUGCUGCUUCAGAUUCAUGCCUCAGGAGGAAGGACAAGAACCUGUUGUUCACCCCGACUCUGAUAAGGAACUUGAUGAACCAGACAGAGAUACAACAGAAUCUGCUGUCAGCCCUGACCAGAUUAACAACUCUGAUAAGGAACUCGAUGAACCAGACAGAGAUACAACAGAGUCUGCUGGCAGCCCUGACCAGAUUAACAACUCUGAUAAGGAACUCGAUGAACCAGACAGAGAUACAACAGAGUCUGCUGUCAGCCCUGACCAGAUUAACAACUCUGAUAAGGAAUUUGAUGAACCAGACAGAGAUACAACAGAGUCUGCUGUCAGCCCUGACCAGAUUAACAACUCUGAUAAGGAACUCGUUGAAGCAGACAGAGAUACAACAGAGUCUGCUGUCAGUCCUGACCAGAUUAACAACUGUAUUGAAGAUGCUCAGAGCCAGAGUGAUGUUAGGACCGCUGCUGCUGCUGUAACAUACUAUGACACAGACCAGUCCUCGAUGAAUGACCUUGGUGACGUGCCGCUCACUGCUGGACAUGUGGGUCAACCGGACAUCCAGAGACCACGCCGUGACAACAGCUGGACUCUGAAUGGUGUUGGUCUGUUGAUUGUCUUGGUCACCGUUGCCUUUGCCAUUGGCCAUACUAUUGGAUCUUUGUGUAUUCACAACACCUGGAUUGCCGGCCAACAAGCGAAGGAAAAUGAACUACAACACAAACUAGCACGGCUGCAUCAUGACAAUUUGCAACUUCGUCGGGAACAACAGGAAAGACAAGAGGAUAAUCUGAUGUUGAAAUCUGAGCUGCAAUUUGCAGAAAGUACUGUGGCAGUGCUACAAAAAGCGAAAGAAGAACUAAAGUCUCGGUUACAGGAUGCAGAGAGCAACAGUGCCAAGUUACAGGCAGCUGUUACUCAUCAGCAGAGAUGGGAGGAUGAACAUCACAAGUUGCUGCAACUUAUCGACAAGAAGAAUUUGCUGGAAAAGGAAAAUUCGGAUCUGAAAGUGGAAAUUGAAAAAUUCAGACAUGGAUCACAUCCAGGUUAUGAAAAGGAGAAAGCAGAUGCUCCGCACAGCCAUAGAGAAGAUGUCUUGGUGGGUUUGAAAAAUGAAGUCAAUCAACUGAAAUUUGAGUAUGAAGAUCUUGGAGACGAAAUUGUUCAACACACGUACAAUUCAAAUUCAGCCAGUACAUUCACAGAAUCUGAAUCGACAGAUUCAUCCGCUGAAAACAAAGUCAUCAACCAACUGACUGCUGAUCUGAAAAAUGAACGAGCUGAAUCAGAGAAGUGGCGCCAUCUUUACGAAGCCGAAAAGAAAAACAACUCCAAGGUUGAUGCUCACAGCUGCAUUACUCUUUGCAAGCAGCUGAACAGCUCCGUGAACCAGUACAUAAAUGUAACAGCCUUACUGUCAGCUCUACACAAUGUGAGUCACUCGGUGGCAGACAGUGUGAAAGAUAUGAAGGACAUUUUGUUCAGUGAGGUGAAGCAGAACUUUGAAAGUGUGAAAAAAUCCAUCUUUGAAGAAGAGUCGGAGCCAGAGACUGGUUACCAUGGUGAGCAUGAUGAUGAUGAUGAUGAUGAUGAUGAUGAUGAUGAAAAGCCUGACACAAGCUCUAAUAAAAGGCACUGGAUAAAUACUGUAAGUGAGGUCCUUAACAAGACCAGGAACUCGGUAGUGAAUGUCAGCAGACAGAUUCAGGACACCUGGGUACAUGUGAAAAAUCUGUCCGAGUCAUUCUGGAAGAAGUACGAGCCAUCGUUUGUCGAAGCUGCUAACAAAAUGUCUAAGAAGGUUGCAGAUAUGGGAAGGAAGUUCAAAGACAAGAUCGAGAAAAAGGCUUCCAGAUGGUUCAAGAGACAUUCUAACCACGAUGAAAGAUGGCAGAAGAAGACCCAGUCUAAAAUGGAGAAACCAUUCGGAAAGAAAAAUGAUGGCGAUAAUUCUAAGACAUCAUCUGAGCACAUGAAUGAUGAAAACUUUCGAAAUGAAUGGGAUGAGAGGACUGGAAGGGAGGAGCUCAGAGAUGAGAGGUACAUGAUGAAGGCGUUUGUAAAAAUAGUCAAGAAGAUGGACAGGAUUACUGUAAAGAAACACAGCCGUAUGAGUUCCGGUGACAUCAGCAAGAUGUGUGCCAUGUUCAGCAGGUUUGCCAGGAUGUGGGAUGUGGACAAGUGGCUGAGCGACACUAACAGGGCGUGGUUUAUCUGCCAGAGUGAGUGGUGGGCCGACAGACGGGAUGGCAUUAAGAGAAACCUGAGAGGAUGUGGACAUUGUUUGAAGGAUUGGCAGUUAGACUGGGAACCAUCAAGUUUUCAACGUGGAUCCCAAAAGAAUCACAGAGGAGGAAAACGGUCUCAGAGAUGUGGUCAAGGGAAUAAGAAAAUGUCCAGAAAUUGUAAUGAGAAAAAUCAGAAUAAACACCAUGACACCAGUCAGCAUCAGCCCAAAUACCACCAGGAAGAUAACACUGAGUAUCAUGAAAGACGACCAUAUCACCAUGACAAUAGGCAUAAAUUCAAACACGAGCAUCACUACAAGCAUGGCAACAAGAGACAUCACCACCACGAGGGAAAUCCUCAUCACCAUCACUACUACCAUGAAUCUGAAUUCUGGGAAGAACAUUAUGACCCUGCAAGUCUUCAUGAUGAUGUCAAGACUAUGGAACACCUUGAGGAUCCCAAGGAAAAUCCUCAACACCAUGACUACCACCACAGAUCUGAGUUCUCGGAAGGAGAUGACCCUGAAAGUCUUUAUGAUCAUGUGGAGAAUAUGGAACACUUUGAGGAUACAAUCUUUUGGAAUCUGCCCAAGGAUGGCUGUAAGAAGCAUAACAAGACAUUCUGGUGGGAAGAGCAACAAGACUGGUAUCUGGAGCUGGGUAAACACCGACUGGCACAGCUCGAAGAUGAGCACAAAUCUGACUGGAUGUUUGACAGGGCGGCCGACAGGAAAAUUAAACGUAGCAGCACAUCGCAAGCCUCACAGAAAACGUUCGCUAAACCAGUAGAUCAGGAGUUUCGUACAGCGUAUAUUGAUCCAAAAUCAGAAUGGCUAUUCUCUCGGGCAGAUGACCGAGACUUUCGCCGCUCCGCGCCCGAGAACUGGUAUUUCGAAAGAUCUGAGUAUCGCACGAAAAAGAAUAAUUUUAAUUUCGACAGCUAAGGACUGAAGUUGGAAAAUAUUAUUUUUAUAUGCUGGCUUCAAUUUGUAAUUUUGAGUGCACAACCAUUCCAAUCAUGACUAAAUUCAUCAUGAUAGAACAUUUAAGUGUUGAUCAUGUUUUUGGGGUAUGAUAUUUUCGAUUGUUAAAGACUGAAGUUGGAAAAUAUUAUUUUUUAUAUGCUAGCUUCAAAUUAAUUUUUUUUUAGUACAUAACCGUUCCAAUUUUGGUGAAAAACAUUUUGGUUGAACAUUUAAGUGUUAAUCAUGUUAUAGGAGUAUAUUUUAAAUUGACACUGGCUUCUCAUUAAAAUCAAUCAUAAUGCAUGCUUUAUUUUGUGGCCACUCACUUCAGUGGUAUUGUGAGGUUGUUUACCGGUACUUACUUCCCAUAAAAUAUUUUUAAAAUGAA